CUGCACCUACCUAUUUCAUAUAAUGCUUAUAUAUCUAUUUUUUCUUAUUCUUUUGACUGUUGCAGGGCAAUGUGAAGGGGAUCUGCCUGAGAAGCAGGUACUACAGAUACACGUAAAGAAAAAGGAUCCCAAGUCAGCCUGUGUGUUGAAACUGGAUUCGGUCAUAAUGGACACAAUCACCAUAGCUUCAGGGAACCACUUUGUCCUGAACUCCUUUGACUGUAACAAGGAUGAAGUAGAGUUGACUGUCAGCCAGACCAUAGAAUGUAAAGAAUGGAGAGACUGUGCCUCCACUUCAUUCCCUCUAACUUUCAACUACGAGCAGCAGUGUAUCCCAGGCGUUUUGAAGACGAUCAUCUGGCUCCUUCAUGGCCCUCAGAACAGUGCAGUGGGGCUUCAGUCUCCUGCGGGAGAUCUGCGUUACUGUCCGCCUGAAGACAAAUGCAACAGCAUCAUCCUCCUAAAUGUGUCCCAUGUUAACUCCGGCAUCACUCUCGGGCAGUUUUGUCCAAAGGGAACCAUUCAGAAAAUCCAAAUCCGUGAAUCCAAGAUUGCAAUAACUGCCUCCGUCACGAGUUUCAAUGACCGGAAUUUGGCAACUAAACCCAUCUUAACCUAUUCAUUUACACAAGACAUAUCAGAGCACUAUAUAUUCACUGUGGCACCAAAAAUGGAUAACCCUACCGUGUUGGCGACUCCAGCCUGGCCGUCUGGCAUGAAAGCGUCUAGCACGGUGUCCUGGAUUGUUAACCUGGAGCCUCAGUUUAAAAGCAAUCUAAAGUUCAGAAAUGUCAGCCAGCCCAAGUGUAAGGAGGUGCACACAAACAUCGCAGUGCAGACCAUUCGCUCUCAAACGACGCUGUACAGCACUAAAAAAGAUGAGAAGAUUAAGGAUCUCCUGAUUCCAGAAAGUUUUUAUCUGAACAUGACUAACUGCAAGUCACCGACAGGAGCCUUCCGGGCGAUGAUGGAGAUCACGCUGCAAAACAGCACAAGUAAGCUUCUGGGCAUCAUCCUGAGUAUUGUGGGAGUUGUGUUGGUGAUUGUAACAGCCGUGGGGAUCUGGUUUGUUCUCAGGAAAAAGAAGAGGAAUAAGGCUCCCCCAGUGUCCGUCUACAAUCCCAGUGAGCAUGCUUUCCUUCCAGGCCUGCAUGGCAUCCCCAAAGCACAGGAGGAGGAGGAGGAUCCUCACACUUACGUGUACAUCGAUGAAACUCUAGUGUAUAGCCAUCUGCUUAAAGAUGAUGCUGAAAAAGAAGAAUUUAAAGAAGCCACUGCAGAUGAGAGUGAUCUCAAGGUGGAUUAUUCACCUCUGAACAGCCCAGCUUUACCUGAGAGACCAGUCAGAAAAAGUGAAAACCUUGUCACUAAAAGCAACGCCUUGAUUGACAAUGAGCUCUAUGGUUAUGUUCAGGGACAAUCAACUGCAUCUGACACACCGAAGACUUCCGAAGAGGAGGGGAACUAUGAAACCAGACCGUGUGUGUGAGGGGGAAAAGUCCUGAUGAAAUAGAAUUUACUACUGUAAACUGAAGUUUAUUUUUGACUGUCCAUCUAAUUUGUUUUUAUAUUUAGUAAUUUUACAUGUGAGCAGGCUGCUUGUUUCAAAGAUUGUAUGUAAUUUUUGACAUUAAAACAUGUUUAUUUAUUUACAGCUUAAAAAGUUGAGAUGUAUUCUCUAGAAAAAGAUGGAAAUAUUAUUGAAAGCGGUUUGUGAUUAGGCCGUGACCCAGGGGUUUUGUUGCAGACCUUAGAAAAUUGUUUGUGAUUGCAAAAUCUUUUA